GCGCGGGCACGAAAGGGGCACGACGGCCGACAUUUGCAUUGUCAUUGCACCAGACCAGCCUCAUAAGUCUGGUGGACCCCCGGCUGGCUGGCCUCGCACAUGCUCGUGCUGCCGUGCGCUUUGUUGUUGCCGCUGCUGCAUUUGCGUCGUCUUCGUCUGCGUCUGCGUCGCCGCUCUCUCUCUCGAUCUUUACCCGGCCUGCUUCUCACAUUCCCUUUGGCCGCUUGACCGCUUGGCCGCCCGCCCACUUACGUCUUGUCCUUGCUGCAUCUACUAAUUAUCUUGCUGAUCGUCGUUCGUUGCCCUCCUCGGCGCCUCUCGUCUACUACCACGCCUACCGUUUCAGCUGCACCUGCACCCUUCUUCGCCAGCCACUCCGGCUCUCUCCCUCUUUAUUUUUUUACCGCCUUUGGACCGUCGACACGGAUACGACACUAGCCAACGGCUGUCAGCCCCCGCCGUCUCACGUGCGACGCCGCCCCCGAUGAACACUAUGAACGCCCGGAGUGGCACCCUGUCACCGCUGUCAACCGACGGCCAAGAAUGGUCCCCCAUUAACGGGUACCAGAACAUCGCAGGCGACAACCCCUACUCACCCACAAUCCCACCCAACACCUACGGCUCAAGUAACCCUGAUGGCGGCAUGUCGAAUGGAAUGCGUCCCGGCACCAGCAAUGGAAACCCCUCACCGCCCAGUUCCGUUGGGCGCUCAAGCGACGGCACUGGGUUGUACGCCUCGAGUCUCAACGAGAGCAUGCGGCCCAUGAUGGACAACCGGAAGAUGCAGGCCCUCGAGGAGACCAUGGCCGAUCAUUUCCACGUCCUCAAGGCCUAUCUCGGCCCAUACCUCAACGACGAAAAGGGAAACCCACGACCAAGCAGGGCAAAGGACAAGCUGACCAGGCUGUCGGCCGUCCAGUUCCAGGAACUCAGCACCGAUGUUUACGACGAGUCAAUACGUAGAGAACAGGAUCGCAAGCGCGGAGGGCCGGGUGCGCCUGGAAACGAUACUCCGCAAUUUCUCCUCCCCAAGAACAGCUUCCACCCCAAACGCAACCAGGCGCGACAGAAGCUAUCCACGCUACCUCUCGAGCGCUUUCGCCAGCUUGCUACCGACGUCUUCUACGAGCUCGAGCGCAGGUUUCCCCGCUUCACUGGAGGCGAGAUGCCACCGCGCCCAUCAAGCCCAGCCAUGAGCGUCCAGAGUCGCAUGAGCAACAGAGGGCCCUCGAGCAGAGCGGGCACACCAAAUAGCAUGGGUGGCCGACCUCCGCCUGGGCCAGGAUAUCGAGGACCGCCUCCCAUGGGCGGGCCUAUGGGCGGGCCAAUGGGUGGGCCAAUGGGCGGACCUCCAGGAGGACCUCCAGGACCGCCGGGACAAAUGCGGCCCGGCUCGGGAAAUGAGCCGGGCUCCUUUGGGCGCCCAUUGCCCAAAACGUUCCAGUCAAAUACGAUUGUCCCGAACAAGGGUACUCUGGUUGAAGAUGACGAUGACAGUGCUGCAGAUGACGACGAUUCCUUCAACCUCGAGGGUGCUGCCGCUAGACGGCAAACAAGCAAGAGCGCAAAGAGCAUAAACAUGGCUCAGGAAAAGAUGGUAGAAGACCUCCAGAAUCAGGUGUCGGAACUGCAGGGCAAGAUUGGUACCUUGGAGACUACAAUACGAAACAAGGACGAAGAGUUGGAACGCCUUGAGCAGGCUGGCAAAACGCAGGUCGGUGCCUCGGAGACCGACCGUGCAGAGUGGGAUGAUCUUCGCUCGUCACUGGAGCAAAAAGUCGAAGAGGCAGAGAGCCUCAACUCGUCUCUCCGGUCCGAGAUAGACAGGCUGCGCAAUGAGAAUGAAGACAUUGAAAAGAACCUUCGCGCACAGAUUGCCACCCUCGAAUCGAGACCACCUCCACAAUCGGCGGAUAGCGGUGAUGGACAGUGGAGACAACGGUGCGAAGAGCUUGAACGAGAGUUGAGUGAGCAACAACAAGUGACGGAAGAGGUCCGAAGAGAUGCGUCCAUGUUCCUACAGGAAAUGAAGGAGCUGUCAGCUCGUAGUGAUGCGGCUGCAGAAAAGGAGGAACAAAUGGCGAAUCAAGUUCGGUCACUCGAGGCUGAGCUAAAGGAAUGGAAAUCACGAUACGCGCGCACCAAGACGCAGCUUCGAAACCUCAAGGCAUCGUCCAUGGGCUUGUCCCAACUUGUAGCAGCCGACCUAGGUGGCUACGCCCGCGACUCUUCCUUUACUUCACCCGAUGGAAUCGUCAAAGAUGUACAUAUAACUAAGUUCCAGCUCAGUAUUGACGAGCUGCUUCAGAUGGCAAGGAGAGCCAAUUCGGAACAGACUCUUGAAGGCAUGCGCCAUGUUGUCAAGUGUGUCCGAGCGAUCACGGGCGAUAUCGAUAACACAUCGCUUUCGCAAAUCCAAUCACCCACAAGCAGUGUGAGCGGCGACAUACUAGCAAAUCCAGAGAAACAACAGGCAAAGCUAAAGUCGCGCGUCAGCGCUACAGCCAACAAUCUUAUCACUGCCACGAAGAACCAUGUGGCUUCUGGUGGACUUUCACCAGUUAGUCUACUAGAUGCUGCUGCUAGUCAUCUGUCCACUGCUGUUGUCGAGCUAGUCAAGCACGUCAAGGUUCGACCCACACCAGAAGAUGAACUUGAGGCCGACGAUGAGGACGCUGAUAGGCCUAUGCCACUCAAACCGGCUGUGUACUCAAACAACACUGCAACUACGAAUGGUGGAGCCACGAUGAAGUCUGGCCAUCAACGUGGUGGUAGCAGCAGAGGUGGUAGCAGUGACACUACUCGCUACAGCGCAUACAGCUCGCCUUAUAGCGGCUAUGAUGGUCAAAGUGUCGGCGGGAACGGCGCACCCGACGGCGGCAUGCUCGAGUUCAAGAACUACCUUGAAGAUCAAACGGCUCUUCUUGUCCAGAGCAUCCAGCCUCUCGUCAAUCUCAUACGCAACAACCCAGAUGGUUCGCCUGCGGAUGAUCAACAAAUACACGAAUACAUUCAAGAUAUUUCACAAGCGGUUGAGGACACUGGAAACAAAACCUAUGAUGCCGUCAACCAGCUAUCCAAUUCAGCUCUGAAGAAGCACGCCAUUCCAGUGGUUCAAGUCCUUGAUGAGUGCAGACAAAGCAUGCUGGCCGUUGAUGUUAGAGGUGGAGGCCGCGAGAAAAUCCCACCCCUUGCGUUCCGGACCGCAAGGGCUCUCAAGGAACUCGUACUCCGUGUCGACCGCAUUGAAUCUGGUGAACUUACAGUCGAGCAAAAUCUUAAUACUGAGUUGUAGUAGUAGCCAAUCACCGAAACAAGCACACAUGAACUUCGAAUGCAAUGUCGCGCACUCGCAAUCAAAACUAGCCAUCGCCGGUGUGUGUGUGUUCUAAACAAAGAAGCAUUUUCAACUGCUAUGCAUGACACAUGGUUAGCGUGGCAUAGUGUUGAGUCCUUUUUCUUUCCCCAAAGGCGACAUGCUGUAUGUAGUCUCCGUUUCAAUUUCUGGAUACCUUCUCUUUCCUCUCCUGAUUUUCUACUUUGAUGCAUAGCUGUGCUGUGUAAUGGGAUGUUUGCGCCAUCGCCGUAAGGAUAAGAGGGUCAUGUAUUCUACAUAAUGAGGGGG